UUUCACUAAAUCAUUUAAAAAGCAUUUAUUGUAAUAAAGCUAUCAUUUCAUACAAUCAAAAGUCAUUUGUUGUGCCAUAAGAAGUGCAUAAUGUUUGGUGCGAUCGCAAGACUCGGUGUCAGAUCUCUGACGAGACCAACGGUUUCGAUGCCUUUUGCCAAACGAGUCGACAAUCGUCGAGUGAAUUUGGGCUCAUUUUGGAUGCAAAGCGCAAAGCUUUCUGUGUAUUCUUCGGACACAUCUCUAAAAGACAAUGAAGUGGAGGUCGAGACCAUGAAUGUGGAGCGACAAGAAUUGAUUGCUUUCGAUGAGACCUAUCGAAGAAUUUUUAAAGAUAUGAUUCCGAAGACCAAUGAAUUGGAAUUAAUGGAAUCGUUCCGAUGGAUAGAAAAGGUCGUUCAAUACAACGUUCCGAAUGGCAAACGAAACCGUGGAUUAGCUCUUGUAAUGUCUUAUAGACUAUUAGCUCCCAUUAGAGAGCAAACGCCUGAGAACCUAGAGUUGGCCCGAAUCUUGGGAUGGGCUGUUGAACUACUUCAGGCAUAUUUCCUGGUCGUCGACGAUCUCGUGGACCAGUCCAUCACCAGAAGAGGACAACUCUGUUGGUAUCGACAGGAUGGGGUGGGACUGACUGCAUGUAACGACGCUAUACUAAUAGAGUCGUGUAUUUAUUACAUUAUAAAACAUCACUUCAAAGGAAAGCCAUAUUACACCGAUAUUCUGGAUCUAAUGCUCGAAACCACUCGUUUUACAUCUUAUGGCCAGUGUUUGGAUCUAUUGUCAAACCCUCCGGGAAGGGGACGGAAACCUGACUUUGANGUAAAGUGUCAUGAUAAUUUACUUAUGUAA